AUGCGUCUCGCGCGCCGAGGCGACGCGGUGACGCUCGACGACGGCGCGCGGACGAGGGAUGUGUUUCGUGAGCUCGGUGACGCGUUCGAGCUCGCGAUCGAGGACGAGGCGAGGGAUGGGACGGCGACGACGGCGACGGUGCAUCUGCGAGGCGACCGCGCGCGAGCGAGACAUCGGGAGAGAUUGUGCGGUGAGAUGGUGUGCACGGCGUUCGUCGCGAGCGCGCGGUGUAAGCUGUGGUGGAUGGCGCCGACGUGGGGACACGGAGGGGAGGACGUGGAGGCGGAGACGCAAUUCGCGUUGAUGGAGCUCGAGGACGGCGCGGCGUACGCGUGCGCGUUGCCGACGAGUGGGGGGAUAUUUCGAGCGACUUUAGAGGGUACUUCGAAGGGGGAGGUGUGGAUGACGGUCGAGAGUAAUUGUGAAGAGGAGAAGGCGAUCGAUGUAGAUAACGUGAUGGUUCUCGCGUGCGCGCAGUCGCCGUACGAAGCCGUCAAACGGGCGAUGGAGGAGUGUCGACGUAUCUUGGGGACGUUCGAGCUCUUGGAGAAUAAGAAGGUCCCGGAGACUGUGGAUUACUUUGGGUGGUGCACGUGGGAUGCGUUUUACACCGACGUCACGCCGGAUGGGAUCGAAGAGGGGGUGGAGACGCUCAAGAGCGGCGGGACGCCGGCGCGAUUCGUCAUCAUCGACGACGGUUGGCAGAGCGUGUUGCCCGAUAGAACGUAUCGUAAAAUCAGCAAAAAGGAGGGUACGGUCCCGGAUGCGAACGCCGUCGUCGUGCCCCCGCCGACGACAGCGGCAACGCCGCCCUCGGGAUUCUUUGCCGCGAUGGCUGCGUCGUUUUAUUGGAAUCGGUUGCAUGCGAGUAGGUUUCGAUCCAUCACAUGGCAUAUCUUUCGCUGGUUGAUGAACUACGUCUUCUACGCCACCCUCAAGGCGGUGGUGUCGAGCAUGAGUAAUUUUCAGCACCGAGUCUAUGCCGUCAAGGCGAAUCCCAAGUUUCAGAAGCUGCACGUCAUGGCACGGGGGCUGCCGAAGUCGAUCUCGCAGCGCGUGCUUCCAAAGUUUUUCGUAAAAAAGUUAGCCGGACUCACGCCGCCGAGGCCGUCGCAGUUAGAUCUUCUCCCGGAAGCCGAAUCCGUGGAUGGAUUGGCCAAGGUUGUUCGCAAAAUUAAGACGGAUCUUGGCGUGGAGUACGUGUACUGCUGGCACGCGCUUUUGGGAUAUUGGGGUGGUAUUCAUCCGGAUGAGGAAAACGUCGCAAAGUACGGUUCGGUGAUGAAGUACCCGCGGCACACUCCCGGUUGUUUGACCGUCGAACCGUCUCAGGCGUGGGAUCCUCUAACGGUAGGCGGGGUCGGUGUCCCUAGUCCGGACGCUUUACAGCACUUCUACGUUGUCAUGCACGAUUAUCUGUCCGAGUCUGGGGUCGACGGAGUCAAGGUUGACGCGCAGGCGGUGAUCGGCGCGUUGGGGUACAAAAAUGGGGGCGGUCCAGCCUUUGCGAAGCGCGUCCACGCGGCUCUUGAGGAGUCCGUUCGUGCGCACUUUCCCGAUAACGGCAUCAUAAACUGCAUGUGUCACUCUACAGAAAACAUUUACAACUUCAAAUGGAGCGCGUUGGCUCGAGCGAGCGACGACUUCUACCCGGGCAACGAGGCGAGCCACACCGUGCACAUCUCGAGUGUGGUGUAUAACUCUGUCUUCUUGGGUGAGAUCGUGCUCCCUGAUUGGGACAUGUUCCAGAGUCAACACGUCGCCGGGGGAUUGCACGCCGCGACACGCGCCAUCGGCGGUUGUCCAGUGUACGUGAGCGACCAUCCUGGCAAGCACGAUUUCAACGUUCUUCGUCAGCUCGUCUUUCCGUCGGGUAAAGUGCUUCGAUGCCGUCAACCAGGUCGUCCUACGCGUGACUGUCUAUUUAGAGACGUCAAUCGCGACGGUCGCACCGCGCUCAAGGUUUGGAAUCGUAACCUUGUCAACUCAGUGAUUGGCGUGUUCAACGUUCAAGGCGCGUAUUGGUCUCGCCAGACGAAUCAAUUCGCGAGCCUCUCAAAGCCCAUUUCUCCCGUCACUGCUGAGCUCCGUCCGAGAGACGUGGAGGGGAUUGCCGAGAGAAGUGCUCCCGACGCGUCAUUCGUCGUGCGUUCGCACCGAAGGGGCGAGAUUCGAGUCCUUGGUCUGAAGGAAUAUACCACCAUCAUGCUUGCGCACAAGGAUUGGGAAAUUUUCACCGUCGCGGAAAUUCUGCGAGCCGGUGACGUCGCAUUCGCCCCCAUCGGUCUGAGUGCGAUGUACAACGGUGGUGGUGCCAUCAUGAGCGCCGACGUCGCAACCGACAGCGCGAACGUGUGCGCAUACGGCGUAGGCGAGCUCGUGUGCUACGCCUCGCGCACGCCCAAAAUGGUUGACAUCAACGGUCAAAGCAGCGGGUUUACCUUUGAUCCGCGCACCGGGACCGUGGGCAUCGAUCUCGGCCCUAGCGAGGGGUUUCAUGAGUUGAAAAUCAAGUGGUAG